AAAGAAACCGAAAUGGCAAGCAAGCAAACUAACAUGUAUCUACAAAAUCCCGAUGAAAUAAAGAAGGUAUUCAACCGAUUCGAUAUCAACGGCGAUAACAAGAUCUCGGUGUCGGAACUUGUAGACGUGAUGAAAGCCCUUGGAUCCUACACAUCAGAUGAUGAAGUGAAACGAAUGAUGGAAGAAAUCGACACAGAUCACGACGGUUUCAUCAACCUAAACGAGUUCACAAAAUUCUGCGACAACGGCGACGACGGCGGCCUUGAGGACUUGAAAGAAGCGUUCGAGCUCUAUGAUCAGGACAAGAAUGGACUCAUCUCUUCAACGGAACUCCACCAGAUCUUGUCGAAACUAGGUGAGAUUUGUACUGUUCAGGAUUGUGUUGCAAUGAUCAAAUCUGUUGAUUCUGAUGGAGAUGGAUUCGUUAAUUUUGAUGAGUUUAAAAAGAUGAUGACUAAUUCCAACACCACCGCCGGUGAUUCGUCUGUUUGA